AUGAACUUGGAAUUGACCAAAGAUAAAUAUGAUGAACGUACAGAACUCAUCUUACAGAGUGAAAUACAUCGAAACCCUGCAUUUCAGCCUCCACAUGUUUUCAUUGUUGGCAACAAAGUCGACGAAGAACGACUUCGUAAAGUUCCAGUAGAUGCACACUGCGCAUUUGCCAAACGACAUGAUCUGAAGGCAUUCUAUGUGUCUGCAAAGACUGGCGAUUCAGUCACGAUGAUGUUUCGGUGA